UAUAAUCCAAUACGAUUAUCCGGUUUGAUUCAAAACCCAAAACCGUGCACAUCGGUUGAAAUCGCAUUACGAGGAAAACGACGCCGCUUAGAUCUACCUGUAUAUCGAGCUCAGGAAUCUGUAGCACGCAAGCACCUGCGAAUCCCCAGCUAUCCAGUGGCCGCCAUCAGUUGCCCUCGAAGCUUUAAGAAACUCCAAUCCUCAAAACCCAAAAUGAGCUUAAUUAGGAACGCAAUCAGAUCGAAAUUCCCUGUCAGAGCUUUUAAGCUGAAUCAUGCCGAUGCUGUCGCAGUCUGCUACCGCCAACCGCCGAAACUUUUUUCCACCGAAGCCAAGCAACCACCAGCUUCAGAGGAUUCUUCAAUCGAUCCAUUUCUUCAAAAUACCGGCACAGGUAUGGUAUAUGCGAAGUUGUUUGGCAUCACAAGGCAGACAUUGAAGACUGACAUUAUCAAUUUGCUUGAGGGGUGUAAUUUGACCCUUGAUGAUAUUAAAGUCAACUACAACCGCAGUUUUGUGCCUGUUGGAAUGAUGUUACAAUUCCCUUCUCGUGUUGUAUUUGACAAUGCAUUCAAGGUGAUUGCAAAAAAAGGCCGCUUAUACCGAUUGGAGAAUGCUGACCGCUCUCAAUGGGAUAUUCUAAUGCCUCAUGAUGGAAAAACUCUUUUACUUGAAGGAAUCCCUCGAAAUGCACAACCAGAAGAUGUAGAACGUUUCCUGUCUGGUUGUGAAUAUGAUCCGUCCUCCAUCCAGCUUUCUCUAAGGCAAGGAUUUCCAGAUCCCAUUAGAAUUGCACGUGUACGUUGCAAUACAAGGACUCAGGCCAUGAAUGCAUUCAUCACAAAGAACCGAGGAUUCUGUCUCAAUAAUCAAGUCUCAGUGCGAGUUCUCCAAUAAAGCUUCUGUAGCCCCUUGUUAGCUUAUUUUGUUGGGGACUUUUAGUGUAUUGCUUUUGAUAGGUGGGACUAGAUUUAACCCAUGUCCUGAUAUAACAUGAAAUUUUGGUAUCUCAAAUUUUCAGAGAAUAUGUUAAAGAUUUAUUUUUCCUUAGACCAUGAACAAUUUUUGAUGUUUUAAUAGCUAGAAAAGGAUUAUAACAGCUAUUAAGCAUUAGAAACCACGAUUGUGGGGUGUUCUUGCUGUAAGCUGAUUUUGGGUCAUUUUUUGGUCAAUAAAGUGCUCAACAGGACCGGCAAGGCGCCUAAAGGGCUCUGAUUAUCUUUC